CAUAUGGUACUAUUCCUCACACAAUGGCACAUAUGGGUACUAUUCCUCACACAAUGGCAUAUAUGGGUACUAUUCCUCAUACAAUGGUACAUACAGGUACUAUUCUCACACAAUGGUACAUGUGGGUACUAUUCCUCACACAAUGGUACAUAUGGGUACUAUUCUUCACACAACGGCACCACAUAUGGGUACUAUUCUCACACAAUGGCACAUGUGGGUACUAUUCGUCACCCAAUGGCACAUAUGGGUACUAUUCCUCACACGAUGGCACAUAUGGGUACUAUUCCUCACACAAUGGCACAUAUGGGUACUACUCUCACCCAACGGCAUAUGUGGGUACUAUUCCUCACACAAUGGCACAUAUGGGUACUAUUCCUCACACAAUGGCACAUAUGGGUACUAUUCCUCACACAAUGGUACAUACGGGUACUAUUCCUCACACAAUGGCACAUAUGGGUACUAUUCCUCACACAAUGGUACAUACGGGUACUAUUCUCACCCAAUGGCACAUGUGGGUACUAUUCCUCACACAAUGGCACAUAUGGUACUAUUCUUCACACAAUGGCACAUAUGGGUACUAUUCCUCACACAAUGGCACAUAUGGGUACUAUUCUUCACACAAUGGCACAUCUGGGUACUAUUCCUCACACAAUGGCACAUAUGGGUACUAUUCCUCAUACAAUGGUACAUACAGGUACUAUUCUCACACAAUGGCACAUCUGGGUACUAUUCCUCACACAAUGGCACAUAUGGGUACUACUCUCACCCAACGGCAUAUGUGGGUACUAUUCCUCACCCAAUGGCACAUAUGGGUACUAUUCCUCAACACAAUGGCACAUAUGGGUACUAUUCCUCACACAAUGGUACAUACGGGUACUAUUCCUCACACAAUGGCACAUAUGGGUACUAUUCCUCACACAAUGGUACAUACGG